AUGAGGACGCCGACGGCGAUGAUCGUGGGACUGGUGCUGUGCCCCUGCGGGCUCCUGCUGACGCUCACGGGCACGCUGGCACCCAGCUGGAGGAAGGUGAGCCUCGUACCUAACCAGCCCAUGGACCUCGUCUGGGAGCAGGGCAUCUGGGACAUAUGCAGGGAGCGGCAGAGCACCCAUGACCGCCUCUGCGGGCAGGCUGACGAGCUGGGCUACUUUCAGGAGGUACCCGUGCGGGUGGCCCAAGGGCUGAUGCCCUCCUCGCUGGUGAUCACGCUCCUGGGCUUGGUGGUGGCUGCCCUGGGGGUUCGCUGCUGGCAGGAGGAGCCACGGCACCUGCUGGCUGGAGUGGCAGGGCUGGUGCUGCUUCUCUCGGGGCUGAUGAGCCUCGUGCCCGCCUCCUGGUACACCCAUGAGCUGUGGGCACUGCCCGCUGUGCCUGGCAGCACGCUGGUUGUAGGCUACAGCUUGGUGCUGAGCUACUUGGGAAGCUGUCUGGAGAUCUUGGGGGGGCUGGCCCUUUCCCUCAGCUUCCACCACUGCUGCAAGGAGCGCAGGGCCCCCAAACUGUCCCCCAGCCCUGUGGUGGAGUCUGGGCUGUGCUCCACCAUUGGGGCUUACAGCAAUCCGUGGGACGUGCUGAAGGAUGAGCAAGAUGGACAACACUGGAGGAACACUCCACCUUGUGACUCGGACUUGUAG